AUCCUGGACGCGAUUUAGCUGCUGGCAGCUAUGCUCUUGUCUUGCAAGCGACCGAUAGAGGCACACCACCUAAAUCAACUGUAAAAACGAUCCACUUGAAAGUGUCAGAAACUUCUUAUUCCGUUCCCAAGUUCAGCCAUUCUGACUACGACGUGGAAGUGGAGGAAGUCUCGCCAAUAGGAUAUCCCCUAGUACGCUUGAGUGCUACAGUAGAAAAAGGCAAGAAUCCUCUUCUCUACAGCAUAGAGAUUGGAAAUGACGAGGGCAUGUUCGCAGUCGACCACAAAACUGGAGUUCUUCAUACGGCUAAAGCUUUGGACCGCGAACGUCGGGCUUAUUACUCUUUGACUGUUAGUGCAGUAGACAGCGGUCGACGAGGUGGAUCUCAUCUUCGCAAAGGUACAGCGAUCGUCAACGUCCGAGUACUCGACAACAAUGACAAUGACCCAGUUUUCAACUCUAGCUCAAUCGUAGUGCAAUUCGAUGAAAACCGUUUUCAAGGGAGUGCUGUUACCACCGUCCAUGCGACAGACGCUGAUGCAGGUGACAAUGGUUACGUUACGUACAGUUUAGCUAAUUUACACCCUGUACCUUUCAACAUCGACCACUUCACCGGAGAGAUUACGACAACGGAAACGCUGGAUUAUGAGACGAUGCGUCGGGAAUAUACUCUUCGAGUGCGUGCUUCGGACUGGGGCUCUCCUUAUCGCCGACAAGCGGAAAUGAGUGUUCGUGUCCAACUCCGAGACAUUAAUGACCACCGUCCCCUUUUCGAGCGGGUGGACUGUGUGGGCCAAGUACUAGAGAGCGUUCCUUUGGAAACACAAGUGGUCACUCUCUCUGCCUUGGAUUUCGAUGCCGGAAGUAGAGUUCGCUAUUUGAUGGUUCCUGCCGACGACGAUCCUUGUUUUGCUCUCAAUGAAGAUAAAGGUGUUCUUAAAGUGACAUGCGAUCUAUCAAAACAGUCCAAAAAAGAUUGGCUUUUGAACGUAUCAGCAACAGACAGUCAACAUUUUGCGGAUGUUAUGACCGUGACGUUAAAAGUGGUCUCCAAAUACGAAGGAAUGAGCUCUAAAGGCGUCAAUAUUGAUUGCAAAAAGCUUGACGUUACUGAGCGCUACAUGGAGCUGUUGAGUUUAGGUAACAGUCGAAACAAACCUUCGGAAUUUACAGAUGAAGCAACUCCCAAGCGCUACGGAGAUAACAGGCAUACUCCACAGUUCUUACCUACUAUUCCAGCCGAAGUUUGGAUUAAUGAAUCAGCAGCUGUCGGGUCUGAAGUUCUUGCUGUCAGAGCCCGAGACAGAGAUCAUGGGUAUUCUGGACUUCUGGUGUAUGUAGUUAAUUAUAGCAACGAAGGAGAUGACUGUUUUAAACAAGAUCUUAAUAAUGGUAGAUUGCUUGUAGAUUGCCCAUUAGAUAGAGAGCGAACAUCGAAGUAUGUUUUAAAUAUAUCUGCAUUCGAUCUUGGAAAGCCUCAAAAAUCCGCUUCCACACAACUCAUAGUUAAUAUACGAGAUGAAAAUGAUAACGUUCCUACUUUCGAAAAAUCCUCCUACCACUUUGUGAUUCCUGAAAAUGUUGAAAACGGCACCUCUGUGAUCCGUCUAAGAGCAACGGAUAUGGAUGAAGGUGAAAAUGCUCGUUUGAUCUUCAACUUAGAAGGACCUGCUUGGGAUAUGUUCCAUGUUGAUAAAGACACUGGUCUUCUGACUGUUGUGGGUUCUCUGGAUAGAGAAGUCACAGAAAAUUAUGCUUUACGAGUUUGGGUUAGAGAUGGUUCUCGAGACAAACCAUUGAUGUCGUCCACUAUCGUUUACAUUCGCUUGGAGGACGUCAACGACAAUCCUCCUAUGUUUGGCCUCAAACAGUUCUGGGUAAAAGUGAGAGAAGAUCUUCCUAUCGGCACUGUUGUUAUGGUAAUGUCCGCGAGAGAUCCUGAUACCGGCGAUGGGGGACGGAUUGCCUAUGAAAUGCUAAAUGGAGGAACUUUUUCAGUGGAUCCUCUAACAGGCGUUGUUCGAUUAGCUAGCUCUUUGGAUUUUGAACAAAAGCAAUUGUACAAUGUGACUGUUGUUGCCAGAGACCAAGGUGAUCCUCCACUGUCUUCAGUCGCUUAUUUAUUAGUUGAAGUGGAGGACGUAAAUGAAAACCUUCAUCCUCCAAAGUUCCUCGAUAUUGUGGCUUCUGGUUCCAUACGAGAAAAUAAACCAGAAGGAACAUUUGUUAUGCAAGUGACUGCUGUGGAUGCUGAUCCUCCUGGUAUAGAUUCUACAGUGACGUAUUCCAUACGGGAUGGUGAUGGACUGGGGAUCUUCGCUAUUGAUGAUCAAGGAAAUAUUCGAACCCGAGCCGUAUUAGACCGGGAAACCAGCUUACGAUACUGGCUGACCGUGAUUGCCCAGGACCGCGGAGCUGUUCCCUUGACGUCCCGAAUAGAUGUGUACAUCGAAGUCGAAGAUGUCAACGACAACACUCCUUUGACAUUCGAGCCAGCCUACUAUCCGAAUAUUCCAGAAAAUUCUCCAGAAGGUACGACUGUCGUCAAAAUGGACGCCUUCGACCUGGAUGUCAAUCCUAACCAGAGGAUAUCUUAUGAAAUCACUGCUGGAGAUCCGCACAAAUACUUCAUUCUCGACUCGGCAACAGGUUUGAUAACAACGUCAUCGAACUUGCUGGACAGAGAAGUUCAAGAAGAGCAUGUUUUAGAGAUUACUGUGAGUGACAAUGGAGAUCCAGCCCUGACAUCCACCACUCGAAUUGUUGUCAAAGUUCUUGACGUAAAUGAUCAUGCUCCAACGUUCUUUCAGAGGCUCCAGAGAUGCUACAUACCUGAAAUGGCGAAACAAGGACCAACACUUUGUCAAGUUUUAGCUUCAGACGAUGAUUCGGGUCCAAACGGUGACAUUUCUUAUGUGUUAUCAGAAGGGACGAGUGCACAUUUAUUCCGCAUUCAUCCGAAAACUGGCGUCAUCUAUAGUCAAGGGCCCUUGAAGGGAGGACAACAAUAUGAAUUGAUGGUGACUGUUUCGGACGGCGGAAAACCAUCUCUAAGUUCAAAUGCUAGAGUGAUUUUGGAAGUAGUCUCGGUGUCUGAACAUAGCAAAUCUUCUCCAAUUUUGCACCCUUUAGAGCCUAACACAAUUGUUGUAUCAGAGAGCGAGAAAGUUGGGAACUUGGUAGCUAUGGUACAAGCAGAAGAUCCUGAUGGAGAUACGAUCUGGUAUUCCUUAGCAGGUGGCAACGUCGGUGACAUGUUUCUAAUUCAAUCCAAAGGAGGAGCUGUACUUCUUGCACGAAAGCUGAAAUGGGAAGUGCACCCUUUUUACAACCUAAGCAUUAGCGUUACUGACGGAGUAUAUACAGUCUUCACACAUCUGGCGGUGAAAGUGAUGAGUAUUAAUAACUAUAUGCCAGAGUUUUUGGAACAUACUUACAAGGUAGAAAUUGGUGAAAACAGUCCUGUAGAUACCGAAAUAUUGAAACUGGAAGCUUUCGACAGAGAUCAAGACAAGCGAUUACUCUACACUAUUCAUAACAGCGCAAGUCAGAGCAUAUCCAAAUUUAGAUUAGACUCAAGAAGAGGAAUAUUAUCAAUCGCACAACCUUUGGAUCACGAAACAGCACAACGACACAUUCUUACCGUUGCUGUAAUGGACAGCGGUACGCCAUCCAAGAAAUGUUUUACAAGAUUGGAAGUCAAUGUUCAUGAUCACAAUGACCACGCUCCACAAUUUUUAACAAGCAUGUUUGAAGGACAAAUUUUUGAAACAGCUGCCAUCGGGACAUCAGUACUUCAAGUUAUUGCCAUAGAUAGAGAUAAAGGGAAAAAUGCUCAACUUACGUAUUCCAUAGUGUCUGGCAACGUCGGUGGGGCAUUCUCUAUUGAUCCAACGCUCGGCAUCAUCCAAGUUGCCCAAAAUUUGGACCGUAACUCGAUGUCGGAAUAUUUUGUUAGCAUUCGAGCCACUGAUCAUGGAGAUGUACCGCUCAACUCGAGUGUAAACGUGCAUAUUAUCGUUACGAUAGCAGACAAUGCAGCACCCAAGUUCGAUAGAUCGGAGUAUGUGAUUGAGCUUUUCGAAAAUGGAAGAAGCGAACUGAAAGUGGUGGGAGUGUCUGCCACUUGUCGAUCAUCUGUAUACUAUGAAAUUAUAGAGGGAAAUACUGAUGACAGUUUUGUCAUCAACCCAACUUCAGGCAUUAUACAUACGACUAAGUCACUAGAUUAUGAAAUGAAUAUGUUCUACAACCUGACAGUGCGAGCGACAAAUAUGGUAGGAGCUGCAGCACGUGCGAAAGUUCUUGUCCACAUACUGGAUCGAAAUGACAAUCAUCCCACUUUCUUGGAGUCGGAUGUCACUGGUGUGAUAAGUGAAGCUAUGGAUGCUGACAGUAUUGUGUUGAAUGAGUUCAAUCUGCCUCUUGUUGUUGCGGCUACCGAUGCAGACUCUGAACUAAAUGCAGUUCUCCAUUAUAAGAUAGUUGAAAAAUCGGCUACUGCUUUUUUUCGAAUAGAUUCGAGUACUGGAGCAAUUAGUACGUCUCAAGUUUUGGAUCAUGAAAAAUUCGCCAAUUAUACCUUCACCGUUCAGGUGACUGAUAUGGGAAAGCCUCGACUAAGUGCUAUUGUUCCAGCAACUGUCACAAUUUUUGUAACUGACAUCAACGAUUGUCCUCCUCAGUUUGAACAUCCAUCCUAUGCUGCCGUCUUACUUUUACCGACUCAUCAAGGGGUUGUCGUUACGUCUGUAAAGGCAACGGAUCCAGAUACUGUUGCUACCACUGCGAUCAAAUACAACAUCGUUUCAGGAAACUUUGGAGAUAAAUUUUCAAUUGAUGAGAACACAGGAAAAAUCAUAGUUCGCAAUCCAGAGGAUAUGAAUGAAGAAUAUCAGCUUGUUGUAUCAGCAAGUGACAGUGAAUAUGAAGCAAGUUCUAAAGUUUCGAUCAAAGUUAAAGAAUCGCGAGCCAGUUCGUUGAGAUUUAGCAAAACAAAGUACACUGCAAAGGUAGAAGAAAAUUCAGCAAAUGUUGUCACUGUUGCCGUAAUUACAGUUAUUGGAACAGCAUUAAAUGAACAUUUAACUUUUAAAAUAUUAAAUCCCUCUGAAAUGUUCGAAAUUGGAACUACAUCUGGUGUGAUUCGAACGAAAGGCAUCCCAUUUGAUCGAGAGCAGCAAAACUUCUACACGCUUGUUGUUGAAGUCAAAAGUGAAGUCACAUCGCCCAACCAAAUUGCUCAUAUCUUGGUAGAAGUAACCGUGACAGAUGUAAAUGACAAUCCUCCAAUAUUUGUGAACUUGCCCUAUUAUUCUGUCGUUCCAAUGGAAGCGACAAAAGGAUACAUUGUCAGAAAGGUACAUGCGAUUGAUUUAGAUCUUGGAGAAAAUAGUCGAAUCCAUUAUGAACUUUUAGAAGGUGAUAACAAAACUUUUAAAGUGGAUAGCAAGAGCGGAGAGAUUAUACUGCUAAAACCUGUUGGUUCUCAGAACCUUGAUCAUGAAAUAGUUGUUGCAGCAGUGGACGGAGGCAUUCCUCCGUUGAGAAGUACUGUGGAUGUUCCGAUCCGUCUGAUUAACAGAGAUAUGCCGGUGUUUCCGAAGCAGUAUUAUAAUAUAUCGGUCUCGGAAUCUCUUCACUCCAAAUCGGCAGUCCUCACGGUCUUAGCCGAUAGUCCGGAAGGAAGGCAGCUCAUAUAUAGUAUUGUCGAUGGAAACAGUCAUCAAGACUUUGGUGUAAAUUUUACUACUGACCCUGGUAAUAGCAAUGGGCCAUGUAUCAUAUAUGUUGUGGAAGAGCUCGAUUAUGAAACAACACAGCAAUAUCAUUUGACAAUUCGAGCUACUGAUUCUGUGUCUGGAGCAUAUGCCGAUGUAACUGUCCAUAUAAACAUUGAUGAUGUCAAUGACAACCCACCUAUAUUUGAGAAAUCUUCUUAUUCUACUUCUGUCUCAGAAGCAGUUCCUUUUGGAACGUCAGUUUUGAGGGUCAAUGCAACGGAUCGUGAUUCCGGAAAUAAUCAGCGAGUGCAGUACUUUAUCAUUGGUAAUGCUACAACGUUUUUUCACGUGGAAUCAACGGAAGGAAUCGUCUUCAUUAAACAGUCGUUGGAUCGAGAUAAACAGGCUUACCAUGAUUUCAUGGUCAUGGCUACUGACAGUGGCUCUCCUGCCCUUAGUGCUACUACAACUGUUCAUAUUGACGUCAUUGACAUGAAUGAUAAUCCUCCAAAAUUUGAAUACUAUGAAUAUGAAUGUAUGAUAAGUGAGAGUGCUCAAAGAGGACAGUUUGUGACACGAGUUCUUGCAUCAGAUCCUGAUGAAUCGGAUCACAAAAAGUUAGCUUAUUCCAUCGUUGGUGGAAAUGAACAGCAAGUGUUUGCCAUUAACUCGCAAACAGGAAUAGUGACUCUGUCUAAUUUGCACCAGUUCAGCAACCAGUCUAUGUACCUAUUAAAUGUAUCUGUGACUGAUGGUGUCUACUCUGGGUAUGCAAGAGUUAAGGUGAAUAUCCUAGGAGAAAAUAGUCAUUCUCCUGUUUUCACUCGUACAGUGUAUGAAAUAGCUGUACGUGAAAAUCUGCCGCCUGGUGCACCUGUAAUCACUGUUAAAGCAGCUGAUGUAGAUAGAGGUGAAUAUGGAAAGAUCACAUAUAGUAUUGAAAGCCAAGUGUAUGAUAAGAUAUUCAUGAUUGACCCCGAAACAGGUGUUCUGUAUGCUCGUAUUAGUUUUGAUCGGGAAAAGCACCGUCUGUAUGAAGUACCUAUUGCUGCUUUUGAUGGCGGUGGUAGACCAGGUUAUUCUACAGUUCGAAUAUCAGUAACAAAUGAAAAUGACAAUGCUCCUCAAUUUACAGUGUCGGAUUAUCAGGCAUAUGUAUAUGAAAACACUACUGUUGGGACAACAGUGUUGCAGGUACGUGCUGUAGAUGAAGAUGAUGAUUCACAUUCUUCUUCCGUUGAAUAUAGCAUAUAUUCAAAUAAUGCUUCAACAAUAACAGACUUGUUUGGCAUUUCUAAAGAUAUGGGUGAAGUGUAUCUCAAAAAAAGCGUGUCUUCACUUGUAAAUCAAGCAUUUCAAUUUUUUGUACGAGCUCGUGAUAGAGGCCUUCCUUCUCAAGAAAAUGAAGUUCCAGUGAAUGUUAUUGUAGUUUCCAGUUCAGUUGUUUUACCAAAAUUUGAAUUACCAAAGUAUGAAUUUUUCCUCUCAGAAAAGUCUCCCAUUGGAACAGUUGUGUCCACUUUAAAUGCUAGUAGUGCAGAGCCAAUCCACUAUGGAUUUGUGUCUGCACCUAUGGACUCCAUUGUUGAGCUACAUCAAUCUGUUUUUAGUGUAUUAGAAGGGGGCAAAAUAGUUUUAAAUUCUGCUCUUGAUCGUGAAGCAACUUCAACAUAUCAACUAGUUGUAAAAGCAGAAACUAGUCUGAGUCCUCCUUUAAUUGCCUACUGUGAUAUAACUAUAAAUAUCAUGGAUGAAAAUGAUAAUCGUCCAAUUUUUGAGUCAAAUCCAUAUGUAAUGACUUUAGCUGAAAAUAUUGGUAAGGGUUCAAGCAUUUUAAAAGUACUUGCUAAAGAUGCUGAUGUUGGAAAAAAUAGUGAAGUUGUGUACUCUUUUGGAUCUGAUGUUGGAAAUGCAGCUAAUAUAUUUCGGCUCGAUUCAGUAACUGGGUGGAUCACAACUCUUUCUUCAUUAGAUUAUGAAACAUUAUCAUGGUAUAAUUUUAGUAUUGUGGCUAAAGAUAAGGGUCAUCCUCAAUUGAGCUCCACGACCACAGUUAUGCUUCGAAUUCAAGAUUAUAAUGAUAACCCACCAGAAUUUGAGCGACAGCAUUAUGAUGCUGCAAUUUAUGAGCAUGCUGUGCCAGGUACUGUAAUAGUGACUUUGGAAAUAAGAGAUGCUGAUUUUGAAUCAACCAAAAAUGACUUUUACAUCACGAAAGGCAAUGAAAGACAUCAGUUUCAUGUACGGCAAAAUGGAGAGAUUUUUGUGAACAAGCCACUAGAUCGUGAAACAACAGCAACUUAUUCAUUGGAAGUUCUAGUUACUGACGGGCUUUUUGUUUCAAAAGCAAGUGUUGCAAUUGAUGUUUUGGACACAAAUGACAAUCCACCAAUCUGCUUAAAAUCGAAAUAUACUGAGAGAAUUUCUGAAGCUAUCCCACCUUAUUCGUAUGUUCUAACCAUUGAAGCUACUGAUGCAGAUGAUGGCAAAAAUGCUUUGCAACUACAUAGUCUUUCUGGAACUGGUGCUUCCGACUUUAUCAUAGAUUCAGCAACUGGAAUACUGAAGACUGGCAAAAACUUAAACCGAGAACAACAACCUCGAUACUUUCUUCAAGCUCAUGUGCAAGAUAGAGGCCAUCCUGAAUGGGAAUGUUCUUCAAAAAUUGAAAUAUUUUUAGAUGACGUGAAUGAUAAUGUCCCUCAGUUUACUCAACCAAUUUUUACUGUUGCUGUAGCUGAAGAUAUUCCCGUUGGAUCUCUUAUUAGUAAAAUACAUGCCAUUGAUAAAGAUUUAGGCGGAGGUAGAAAAAUUUCUUACUCUUUUGUAACCAACCCUCUUGGACAAUUCGAUAUAAAUGAAAAAACUGGAAUUGUUCGCUUAAAAAAGCCUCUUGAUCGUGAAACUGAAGCCGGAUAUAAUUUAACUGUUCAAGCUAGUGAUCAUGGAGUGCCUCCUCUCUCUUCAACUGUAUUGCUUAGUGUAACUGUCCUUGAUGUGAAUGACAAUCCACCUGAAUUCACAAAUAAGAUGAUGUACUCGACAGUAUCAGAGUCUAUCCCAGUUGGAUCUGAAAUAGCUACAGUUCAUGCAACUAGUGAAGAUAUUGGAAUUAAUGCUGAAAUUUCGUAUUCAAUCAUUGGAGGAGAUGAACAAGGAAUGUUUGAAAUAUCCAGCACAAGUGGGCAAGUGAGACUCUUGAAACCAUUAGAUUAUGAAGGUGUGCAUGAUUAUUUUUUGACUGUCCAAGCUGUAGAUGGAGGAUCGCCUCCUCUCAGUAAUCAAGCUGUUGUAAAUAUUACUGUGACUGAUGCAAAUGACAAUGCUCCUGUAUUUAGUCAACCAUCUUAUCGUGCAAUGAUCAGAGAGGAUGCAGUUGUUGGAAGCCAAGUUAUUCAAGUGCUUGCAAAUGAUGCUGAUAGUUCCCCAAAUGCACAGUUAUCCUUUUCAAUCAUUUCUGGUGAUGACAACAAGCAUUUUGUUAUUGAUGAAAGUACUGGUUUUAUCAAAGUUGCAAAACUUCUUGAUAGAGAAAUGAUUCCAAAUUAUGUCUUGCAAGUCUCAUGUUCGGACAGUGGAAAUCCAUCUUUGUCAUCAACUGCGUUUGUUAAUGUAGAUGUGUCAGAUGUUAACGAUAAUCCUCCAAUGUUUUCUCAAAAUAAUUACUCUUCCAUUAUCCAGGAAGGAAAACCUAUUGGUCAUACUGUACUUAAAUUUGCAAUAAUCGAUGCAGAUGCUCCUCCCAACACUAGUCCAUUUGCAUUAGAAAUAAUAUCUGGAAAUGAUGAUAGAGCAUUUAGAAUUGUCCAACAGGAUACAUCUCUUCGCACUGCUGUAAAAUUCAACCAUAAAAAGAGAGACAAAUAUAUCUUGAAGAUAAAAGUUUCUGAUAAUGGUAAUCCAACUUUGCAUAGUGAAACUUGGGUAUCAGUCUUGAUCAUUGAAGAAAGUCAAUUUCCUCCUGUUGUUUCAUCUUUAGAAGUUGUUAUAAAUUCCUUUCGUGAUGAAUUUCCUGGAGGCGUUAUGGGACGUAUUCAUGCUACUGAUGGAGAUCCUUAUGACAAAUUGCAUUAUGAAGUUGUUUCCCCAUAUAAAGAUUUGUUCUCAGUAGACAGGGAAGAUGGUACUAUGGUAGCUUUACCAGGACUGGAUGUAGGUUCUUAUAACGUAAAUGUUAGUGUAACUGAUGGGAAAUUUAUUAGCUAUGGCCUAAUUUUAGUUGAAGUAAAUAUGGUGAGUGAAGAAGCAGUGAAAAAUAGUAUUGGUGUGAGGUUAAAAGGCAUUACACCUGAAGAUUUCAUACUUAGCCAUCGCAAAAAUUUCCUGCAUGGGUUGAGCAAUUCUUUAAAUGUAAAAAUGAAAGAUAUUGAUAUUUUAAGUAUUCAACCUGCGGAGGCAGUUACAGUUAAAGCAAAAAGAGAUUUAAAUCGUGAUCUUGAUGUAUUAUUUGCUGUGCGGAAAAACCCUCAUAUGUAUUAUCCUGCUAAACAGCUCUUAUUAAAACUGAAAGAAAAACAGUCAUCAUUCGAAACUGCUUCAAGUCUUAAAGUUGUUAAGAUCAUAAAAGAUAGAUGUACUUCUGAUCGUUGCAUUCAUGGCGAUUGUAUUGAUCGGAUAGUUUUGGAUGAAACUUAUGUUGUCAGUAUCACAACAGAAACUCUUGGAUAUGUAUCUCCCCAACAUAUUAGAAAGUUGGAAUGUGUGUGCAAAUCUGGUUAUGGAGGUAACCGUUGUGAUGUUGUAAUCAAUGAGUGUGCUCGAAAUCCUUGCUCUUCACACCAUGUUUGUUUCCCACACCCAUCAGAUCUCGGCUACAUUUGCCAAUGCCCCCCUGGUAAAACAGGUCCAUUGUGCGACAGAGACAAAACAAAAAUAUGCCGUGGCAGUACUUGUUAUGAAGAAAAGAAUCCUAUUUCGUACAAUGGAAAGAGUUAUGCCCGAUAUUCCCUUACCAAUCCAUUUGAAAGGCAUUUGAGCAUUGCAGUUAGUGUUCGAACAGUACAAGCCACUGGUAAUCUGAUGUAUGCUGCUGGAAUAAGAGAUUACAGCAUUUUGGAGAUUACAAAUGGUUAUGUUCAAUAUCGUUUUGACUGUGGAAGUGGAGAAGGAUUAGUAAGAAUGGAGCAGCUCCAAAUCAAUGAUGGCCUUUGGCACGAUGUUUGUGUUGAAAGGCGAGGAAAUGCUGCUGAAGUGAUUGUAGACAAAGUUCAUCGUAUUUCUGGAAAUGCUCCUGGAGUUCAUGAUAUGCUUAACUUAGAUGGAAAUGAUAUUUAUUUUGGAGCUGAAGUACGUCAUCAUCCAGCAGUUUUUGGUUAUGAAGAUAUAAGAAUGGGAUUUGUUGGUUGCAUGGAUGAUAUACGAAUAGAUGGUGUAUCUUUGCCCUUGCAUGUCGCUGGUGGCAAUAAUGUGGUAACAUUGAGAAGAUUUGCAAAUGUACAGUUCCAAUGUGCUGUUCUGUUUGAUCCUGGUGUGUGUGGCAGUCAACCUUGUGCAAAUGGUGGUACUUGUAACGCUACAGGAAAUGCCUAUACCUGCCAGUGCCUCGCUCGAUUUUUAGGCUCUCGUUGUGAAGUCGAUACAAAUCCUUGUGCCUCUAACCCGUGCCUUAAUGGUGCCACCUGCCAUAAUGUAAACAACAGCUUCCGCUGUGACUGCCCUGAUGGUCUUAGUGGAAAACGUUGUGGGUAUGGUCGUUACUGUAAUCCUAAUCCAUGCCAUAAUGGAGGAGUAUGUGAAGAAGGAACUUAUGGACCAUUAUGCAAAUGUCGUGGGUUUUAUGGAGAUAUUUGUCAGUAUGAUGUGAAUGAAUGUCAAGCAACUCCUUGUGCUAAUGGAGCAACUUGUCAUAAUGUACCAGGAUCUUUUCAUUGCCAGUGUCCCUUAAAUGUCACUGGAGCUCUCUGUACGGAGUUCCUUUAUACUAAUUCAAUAACCUCAACAAAGUGGAAUACUACUGUAGAAGAAAUAAUUGGAAUAACUGUUGUAGUUGUUUUUAUAAUGUUUUUAGCUGUGAUACUUGCCUGUUGUUGGAGGAUGAGACAUAAGAGACGACAAAGAAGACCUAGCUUCCAAAUGGGUGAUGAGCCAGGUGCCAAUGAAUUCAUGCUCAAAAACCCUAUUAUUGAAAAAGACAAUGUGAAGAGAGUCAGCAAGAUCAGCAAUUUAGAUGCUACUUUCAGCACACCUCCUCUGCCUCCCCGUCCUGCCUCAUACACGCCAAGCACCCAGGAGUCUCUGAGUGUCCUGGCUAAGUUUGAUACUGUCCGCAGUUAUGGAAGUGCUGCAGAGGACCUCGAAAGCCACUCACCACGGUAUGGGGGCCAACUGUUCCAAAACAUUAGUUCUCAUAAGAGCUCUCAUGUUAGUGUCCCACCAUCCCUCACCCCUCCUCCACCAUCCAGCUCAGAUUCAGAUUCUCUCUUGAAAGCCGGGUGGGAAACAGAUCUGAAUUCUUCCAAGGAAAAAAUCUAUCAAGAUAAAAUACAGAAUAAUCUGAAUCCUGUUGUUGUGAAUUUGCCAGAUGAAAUAGAUAAAUGUAAAAGACAUCAUUCUGUAACACCCUUUGAUUCUGUUGUUGAUACUUCUGGCCCUGAAAAUAAGUUUGAAAAUAAACAGGAUACUCCUCCCCCACCUCCUAGGGAAGCAUCGGUACAGGGAUAUCACUGGGACAUAUCAGAUUGGGCAACUCCUGAUGAAUGUGUGAACAACAAUUUUAUAGAUGAAUCUCCAACUGAAGGUCAAGAUUCAUCUAGCGUUCAAAGCACAGAUUCCAAUAGUGUUGUUAGCCAAAUCGAGCUUGUACCUGACUCUACUGGAAGUUCGAACUUAAAACAUGAUCAAAAUAUUCCUAGUUUGAUUCCUUCGCCAUCUAGAUUCAAAUUAGAGAAUAGUUCCAGUUUAGACACUGCAAACCCAACUGGAGUAAAUGAAAAGCCAAAGUUUUCGAAAAAAGAUGGUUCUCCACCACCUUAUUAUUCUCAAGAGAGUGGUAAACCUUGGGCUGAGUUUUCAGAUGAAGAUGAUGAUACCUACGGUUUUCCUAAGCAAGGUGGUAGAGGAUUUAGGGUAGCUUUAGAAAGUGGUGACUAUGGUGCUGUAAACAGAAAUACAGAAAAUGUGUACUUAGAUGAAUUAGAUUCAGACAAUGCUUCAAUGUCAGAUGCAUCUGUUAAAGUCUGUGAACUAGAUGACAGUGAAUUAGAUGCCUGUGAUGCUGAAACAUUACCACCACCAAAGAAAUAUGCUUCCGUGCCAUCUUAUGUGUGAUAAGGCCAUUUCUAGAACAUAAUUUUAUAUUGUUGAAAUGUGAUUUAAAGCAAUUAAGCCUAGUUCAUGUUACAUAGUAUUCUAAAUUUCAAAAGCUGAAAAUUUGUGUCAUUUAAUGAGGACAGAAU